GCGCCGCGGGUCCCAAUGGGGCCGGCGGGGCUGAGCGGGCCGUGCCCUCGGAGCGGGGCGAUGUUGCAGGGUCCGCCGGGCGCGAGGCACCCCAACGACCUGCCCGACCACGCUCCGUGGGUGCGCAGCGCCGUGGCCGAGCUGCGGCAGCGGGCGGAGGCAGAGCCCGGGCAGCGCUGGCCGCAGCCCCUCUCCGAUGCCUUCCUGGUGCGGUUCCUGCGCGCCAGAGACUUCCACAUGGACCUGGCCUGGAGGUUAUUGAAGAAUUAUCAGAAGUGGAGAAUUGAAUGCCCAGAAAUAAGUGCAGAUUUACAACCAUCUUCUGUUCUUGGUCUUUUGCAAGCUGGCUAUCAUGGAGUCCUUAGAUCAAGGGACCCACAUGGAAGCAAAGUUCUAAUAUACAGAAUAGGACAAUGGGAUCCCAACUUAUUUACUGCAUACGAUGUGUUUCGUGUAAGUCUCAUCACAUCUGAACUCAUUGUAAAGGAGAUUGAGACUCAGAGGAAUGGAGUCAAGGCUAUCUUUGAUCUUCAAGGCUGGCGAUUUGCUCAUGCAUUUCAAAUCAGUCCAGCAGUGGCCAAGAAAAUCGCUGCUGUUCUCACAGAUUCUUUUCCACUAAAAGUUCGAGGUAUCCACUUGAUUAAUGAGCCUUUAUUCUUCCACCCAGUCUUCGCUCUAAUUAAGCCUUUUCUCACUGAAAAAAUAAAGGAACGGGUGUAUAUGCAUGGAAAUAACUACAUGCAGAGUCUGACUGAACACUUCCCUGUCAGCAUUCUCCCACUGGAAUAUGGGGGGGAGGAAGUCUCCAUUGAAGAGCUGGCUAAAGAAUGGACUGACUUUAUAAUGGCAUCUGCAGAUUAUCUUCAGAGCAUUUCUCUGGUUGCACAGGAAUAACCUUAUAUCAAUUCUUAAACAGUGAAAAUGGAAAUAAGUUUAAUAUGAAAACAUUCAUUUGAACUUGAAAUUAUUGCGAAUUAAACCAGUGUAUCUUUGCAGGGCACUGAAUAUUAUAUUGGCUGCACUUUAUACUAACUGGAGUCUAUCAGUAUGUGUGUCUGAAGAGAUUAAUGAAUUCUACAUAUUCGUAGUACUGUUUGUAAUUGAUUAACUUGUAUGCCAGAAAGUUGAAGAAUGCAUUGGAUAUCAGAUUGAUACUGCUCCUAUUAAGUCUUUGGAGACAACUCAUUUGUAAUAAUGCAGUCCAGAACUUCACACUCAGCUCUUGGAGCUUGGCUUGUCAAGACAACAGGAUACAAAACAAAGAACGGAAUGUGGCUAGGGUAGAGUAUGAGUACGGGGCUAAUUUACAAGGAGAGAAGAGGCUGCUUUUUGGAUUGAUUCUCAGGGAAAAAGGCUAUUUUGUUAGUCUGUGUCAAAUUGAAAAUUAGUUAGCAAUAGUAAGACAUUUGUGUUAAUCUUUGUGCUGCUUGUGCAACUUCCCCUUUUGUGCUAAUUAACACAGUAUCUUCCAGUUUUAUAAAGGAAGCUGGGGAAAACACCAUGUACCUAUUCUUCAAAUGACAGUAUGAAUCAGGAGGAGGAACUGGUAAGAGAGCCCAAAAACAAACUUGAAAAUUAUUUUCUUUCUUCAAGUUGAUGUUGUGUAUGGACAACUAUAAGCAACUCAGAUUACCACCUUUAAUUCUUACUGUAGAGGACUACAAAGGUCAAGAGCUUUCAGCUUGUUUGCAUUAUCUGUUUGUUUCAGAGUGAAGUAGGAUAUUCUUUGUGGAUCUGAACUUUAGAAAUACCUGUUACAUAGUUUAAGGGUGCUUUGAGAUCACUGAACCUCAGCAUAGGAGAUGCUGGGUGUCUUUAUUUUCAGAACAAUAAUUGACAAAUUGACAUUCUAUUUGCUGUUAGGCACUGAAAUUUUUAAUUUCUAUUAAGCCGCCUUUGUUUCUGCAGGGGUAAUGAAAAAAAUCUCUAUAUACUUACUGGAAACCAGUUUCUGUUUUGUUUUGGUUUUCUAAGUGGCAUUAUUGAGAUAUGAACGCUGUAUAUGUAAAAGCUAUCACUCACAUUACAUAGCAGUAUCAUCCUGCAAUCCCCAGUAUCUAAUGAUCUAAAGUAUUAUUUUACUUUUCACUCAGCUUUUUCUUAAAAUCUCUGUUAGUACAAUAACUACUGGAGUCCAUUUACCCAGUUUUUAACUUUGUUUUGCAAUAAGCCAAGAGAUCUUUGCAUAAGCGGUAUAUAUUUAAGCAUUCCAUAUGAGUCUUCAUAUAAAUGAAUCUGUAACAAAUGCUUUGUUUCUCAGGUAGCUAUAAAUAAUAGCUUCAGUUAUUUUGGAAUCUUUAGGACAUUGGGAUGCUAUAUUCAUAUAUGCUUAGGGGAGAGAAAUUAUACUAUCCUGUUAAGUCAGAAAUGUCUUAUUUUACAUUAUGACUAAUACUGCAUUAUUGUGAAAGUCAUUGGAAGCUAUUCUUUAUUAGCUAGAGGAAUAUCUAUGAAAGACACAUUAGAGUACUUGUUGGUUGUAGUUUCUUCUGCUAUGGUAAGGUCAAUGCCAGAAAUUCUUUAAAAACUGACAAAGCUUCUUAAGCUUUUUUUCUUCCAAUUCCCUGAUUUUCUCAAGUGUAUUUUUCAUUCUCCUCUUUCAUGAUAUAUUUGAUAUGGAGCCUAAAUUUAAUUAAACCUUUUCCAGAUACUUUUUCAUAGGAUCAUAUAUUUCAUAUAUCUUUUUUUUUUUCUCAGAUUGAACUAUUUUGUGAUAAAAAAUCUCCUUAAAUAGAGGAGUUCAGUGAACUGCUAAUUCUUUUUUAUAAGAAAAUAAACUGAGUAGUCAGGCAUCUGGCAAUUGUUCAAGUGUGUAUCUGAAGUUCCAAAUCAUUUACAACUGGAGAACUGAAGCUAUUGUCUUAAUUUUUCAGUCCUUCAAUUUUAAUCCUUGAGUGUAAACUGCACAAGGGAAUGAGCUAUUUUUCAGUGAACAGGAAAAUUUAAACUUUUCCCACGAAACCAAUCUCCAGUUGUUGCUGUUUUUUGUAGCAGAGACCUCAUUUGAUUGCAUAUGUAUAUGCCCAUGCAUAUGUAGCUGUUUUUUAGGUUUUUAUAAUCUUUAUUUGGACUACACCAGCUCUGUGGACAUAAAGUCCUAAAUGUCUUCAAAAAUAUCCUGAAUCUGUUAUUAAGUGGUAGCAUGUUUGCAUAACACAACAGUUAGAGCACUGAGUGCAGUUACUUUUUCAUAAACUUAAUUAUUUUUUAAUGUUUACAUAUUAUAUAAAAGGUGGGAACUCUAAUUGCACUUGCUGCUAAUAGUAAUGACACAAGAUAAUUGUAAUAUUUGCAUAAUUAAUGGUGAGGUAUUAGUAUGAUAGGAGAUGGUGUGGCAGCUUUGAGCAUCAGUCAAAAAAACAAAGAUCCCUAAGUUCAUUAUUCUUCAAAUACAUCAGAAGUGCCUCUAAAAAAAGAAAGUUCCUGUUAAACAAUGCAAACGUAAUUUACUACUGACUGUAAGCACAAUGUCAUGCACAAUGUUUUUUAAUAUUUUUUUACAUAUUAACGCCAUUUUAAUUAAUAAACAAAUUCUGGUCGAA